AUGCUGGCGUCGCUAGCCUUUCACACCACAUCUGGACCUACCACAAGAGCGACGGCGAGGUGCAUCACGCUUUUGCUUUUCGAAGCUGGUAGCAGUAGGCUAGCUCCAAGCGUAGCAACUUCAAGGUUCACGCAUCACAAAGCGGCUGCUGCCAACAGUGGCAACAGCAUCACGUCUCGAAACGCAAGCUACGCCUCGGACCGUCGAGACCUCGGUGGUGACUCGUCUUCCGUAGACAACCCGUUCAAGAUGGAGCGUCCUCUCAACGUGUUCGGCCGUCCUCUCGGACUGUGCGGUACCAGCCCCAUGACUGGGUUCUACCGAGAUGGUUUCUGCAACACAGGCCCCGCCGAUGGUGGCUCGCACACGGUUGCAGCCGUAGUCUCGCAGAAGUGGCUCGAAUACUCGGCCUCCAAGGGCAACGACCUCCGCCCCAUCCUGUCGCAAGGCUGCUCGUGGUGCCUGUGCGUAUCGCGAUGGAAACAGAGCCUGGACGCCUACAAGCGCGGAGAACUGCCCAAGGACGGCGUGCCCAAGGUGAAGCUCGAAGCAACGCACCUGCGUGCACUCGACACGGUGUCGCUGGACGACCUGAGGCAGUUCGCUUUGGAGGAGGGGGGAAGCGCGCCUUCGACGGCUCAGCAUCCAGCCAGAGGCGGUCCGAUUCGUUAG